AUGCCUUUCCGACAGGCACGGCCACCUGAAGCAGACCGCCGACUAUUGCAGCGACACACGUGCAGCGACACACGUGCAGCGACACACGUGCAGCCACACACCAACAAACACAAAUGCAGGCAUCCGGUGACUAAGCCAUCGCCUGAAUGCGCUGCUUUCAUGUCGUUUACACACCGGCUCUUCACCGAAUAUCGACCUUUUCCCGUCCUUUCGGGCUUAACCAAUAGGAGGGGGCGAAUGCUGGGAGCGGCUGGAUUGGCUGGGCUGGCUGGACCAAUAGAAGAGGGCCUAGUCUCAUUCACGCUAUUGGCUGAUCAGAUGUGUCCUUGCUCUUCACAAAAUCAGACAGCCAGUUGUCGGCUCAAGUCCACAGCCUCUUUGCUCUCUCCUCUCUCAGCCGUCUACCAGGCUUUACCGGACCCCUUCUCCCGGCACCCCCGUCACUUUAACUUCCCCCUCAUUCUUCAUCCUGCCUGCACUAGACUUGUAUGUCUCUCGGACUCGCUGCACUCCGUCUGUGUAGGUUUACCGCGAGCGACAACUUGA